AUGGAGAAUUAUGAAGUUCCAACUCGGCCUAAUCUAGCUUUUCCCUACAACCCUGCAGAUCAAAUUCAACCAGAGUUGGAUCAGAAACCUGCACUUCCUAACAUGAUGGCAAAGCAAAAUCAGCAACAGAGCCUGCCAGUGCUGAUGCCAGGAGAUCAGGUGCCAAAGUUCAUUGCAAUUGCUUGUCCAUGCGAGCCUCCAGUUAGGGAGAAGCUCACUGUGAUUGUUCAGAAGCCUGCCUAUUUCUGUGAUGCCGCUACUGUAUAUAUCUGA